AGUUUUAGGCGGAUGUUAAUAAUUUGACAAAAAGGGGUCUGUACCACGGAAUACUAGAUAGAUGCAUAUGUCACUGAGAAGAACAAUUGAAACAUCUCAAUGCAUAAUCAAACCGAUUACAACAUUGUUUGCCUCUUACACGGGUAAUUAUUUUUGUCACAGACACGUGGAAUGCAUUUUUACCUAAUUUACAAAUUCUAGUCCGUAUAAAAGACCCUUUCGCUGAUCUGACAAACCACACACAGCAAGAUGUUGUUCUUCAAAGCUGUUCUCGCUUGUGGAUUUGUCGCUGUAGUUCCGACUGUCAGUAGCCAAGCUGUCCCCUCUACUUCUACAUCACCAAUAUGGAACUCUUUUCCAUCAGGAUCAGGCAAGAAUAUACAAGACAGCUUCAAUUAUCCAGCUAAAUGGGUCAGCUCAGCAGGCAGUAACAAGAUUAUCAAGGAUGCAGUCCAAAGGUUCACGGAUACCGGAGAACAGAUUGCCAAUACAGUUAUCAGGGUGGGCACUUUGCCUUUGAAGGUUGGAUUAGAUGUUCUCAAGAACGGAAUCAGUAUUGGUAAUAAUAACUAUGAAACAAUUCCUGGAAAGAAAUGGGUUGAGACCACGACAAAACCUUGGGCAGAUAAUACUCACAAAACUGAAGGGACUGGUACCAACAAAGGAAGCGAAUACGCAAACGGUGGUUGGGAUCAGAGCAAUUCAGGCAACACUGGAAUCAAUUGGUCGAGUAGUCCAGAUCUAACUGGAACCGGAUGGACGAACGGUCAACAGAAGGAAACUGACGUGGCUGGGAAUACAGUCGUAGCCAUCUUACCUCCGGCCACUUCCACUUCAGGCAAGACUUCAAUUUCUGGUGAAGCAGCUUCAAUCGAUGAGAGUAAACAGAAAUCAGAUUAA